GUGACUAUCCACCCACAAAUGCAUCACGUGAUCAUCAAAACAAAACAUGGCGUCUGCUAUAUAUCUCGAAAACUUCCUCGAAACAAUAGAACACCUUCCUAAAGAGCUCCAGAGAAACUUUUCACUCAUGAAAGACCUUGACCAAAGAACCAAAGACACCACGAACGAGGUCGAGGAGUGGGUGAGGGAUUACAAAAAGGUGGUGGCAACACUCUCAGAGAGCGAACGAAAGGCGAGACUAAGCAAGAUUGACGAGCUGUAUCAAAAAGCAAAAGAGUACAGUGACGACAAGGUCCAGCUCGCGAUGCAAAUGUACGAAAUGAUAGAUAAGCACAUACGGAGCCUUGAUUCUGAUCUAGGACGUUUUGAGCAAGAGUUACAACUAAAAGACAGCGAUCACGCUCGUCGCUCGUCUGUGAGUAACAAUAAUGGAGGACUCAUGUUGGGGGCCGCCACACCAAGAGGAAGGAAGAGAUUAAGUGAGUCGAGUAACAGCUCACGUAAGAGAAGACUAGAGUCCCUUUCGGAGGAAGGAGGAGGAAUGGGAGGGAACUUGGGGUCACCUCAGGGCGGUACUGACGUCUUAGAUAUGCCGGUCGACCCAAAUGAGCCGACGUACUGUUUCUGUCAUCAGGUCUCCUUUGGUGAAAUGAUUGGGUGCGAUAAUACUGACUGUCCCAUUGAGUGGUUUCAUUUUCAAUGUGUCGGACUCACUUCUAAGCCGAAAGGGAAGUGGUUCUGUCAGAGAUGCAGCCAAGAGAGAGAUAGACACAAGAAGAAAUGAUAUUAUUUUAUAUAUAACUAUUCUUUAGAAUUAAAAUUCAACUUUCAAUGUA